UAUUUACAUAUAUUUUUGUCGGCUUGUGUGCGUAAUAUAUUGUAUGUUUUCUAUAACAUAUACUCAUUAUAUUAUACUAAUAACGUUAAUAUACAUAUUAUUAAAUAUAAUAAAGGGACUGUUUCUCCGCUAAAUUCUCGGUGUAUGUCUUUGCUUUUACUUUCCUCGUUCAAUGAGAGGACCAAAGAUUUAUUUGCAGAGUCGCACAUGAAUCUCAAUCUUCUCUCUCCUUCUUCAAGAGCACAUCAGAAUUACGACGUGCUCUCUUAGACAAGAGCUGCUUCUUCCUCUUGCCCUAACAAAGCUACAUAACUAGGGUUUCCUCUAACAUAAGUUACCCUUUUCUCUUUUCUUGGUCUUUCAUUUUAGUUCUGUUCUUGGUCUGUUUUAGUUUUGUCGGCUUGUGUAACUAAUCACCCCCUUCUUUAGCUAGUGGCUCCUCAAAAUCCUGAGUUUUGACUUCUCUAUCUAAGUUCUUUUUAUCUCUUCACGCUCUUGCUCACCUCUCAGAGAAGGAUCAAGAUUAAAGAACCAAGAAUCUAGAGAAAAUUUAUUUGAGCUGGCGAAUAAACAGUGGUGGGAUAGGGAACUAGUAGAUGCGGCGGCGAUGGAAGGCGGUGGAGCUUCUAGAUAUUUUCAUAACCUCUUCAGACCGGAGAUUCACCACCAACAACAGCUUCAACCGCAAGGCGGAAUCAAUCUUUUUGACCAGCACCACCAUCAGCAACAACAACACCAGCAGCAACAAGAACAGCCGUCGGAUGAUUCAAGAGAAUCUGAUCACUCAAACAAGGAUCACCAUCACCAAACGGGUCGACCCGAUUCAGAUCCAGCUACAUCAAGCUCAGCACCUGGGAAACGUCCACGUGGACGUCCUCCGGGAUCUAAGAACAAACCAAAGGCACCGAUCAUCGUAACGCGCGAUAGCCCGAACACGCUUAGAUCUCACGUCCUUGAAGUAUCUCCUGGAGCUGACAUAGUUGAGAGUCUUUCCACUUACGCCAGGCGGAGAGGGAGAGGGGUAUCCGUUUUAGGGGGAAACGGCACCGUUUCUAACGUCACUCUCCGUCAGCCAGUCACUCCCGGUAACGGUGGUGGUGUUGGGGCUGGAGCCGGUGGAGUUGUGACUUUACACGGAAGGUUUGAGAUUCUUUCGCUAACGGGAACCGUUUUGCCACCACCUGCACCGCCUGGUGCUGGUGGUUUGUCAAUAUUUUUAUCCGGAGGCCAAGGUCAGGUGAUUGGAGGUAGCGUUGUCGCUCCGCUUGUUGCAUCAGCUCCGGUUAUACUAAUGGCUGCUUCGUUCUCAAAUGCGGUUUUCGAGAGAUUGCCAAUUGAGGAGGAGGAAGAAGAAGAAGGCGGUGGUGGCGGCGGCGGAGGAGGAGGACCACCGCAGAUGCAGCAUGCCCCAUCAGCUUCUCCACCAUCGGGAGUGACCGGUCAGGGACAGUUAGGAGGUAAUGUGGGUGGCUAUGGUUUUCCCGGUGAUCCUCAUUUGCUAGGAUGGGGAGCUGGUACACCUUCAAGACCACCUUUUAAUUGAAUUUACAUAUUUUAUCAACGGAUAAUUUUAUGUGUGUUUAAAUCAUUUGUGGAGUCCUCUUUUAUUUGGGAUCUUUGGUAUUUAUUUUGUAGUUAAUAUGCAUAUUUGAGCGUUCGUGUUUUUUCUUUCCU